AUUAAGUUUGUUAUAUGUUUUCUAUUAUUAAAAUCCAUAAGGAGAAUAACUCUUUGGGCUAUAUGCGCAUCUUUCUUCAAGACAGAAGCAUCUUUCGCUCUCGAUUCUCAGCAUCUACCAAAUAUUCAUACUUCCACUUGCUCUUCAUCCAACGGCUUACCUUUCCUCACUCAACUUGCUCUUCAUCCGACGGUCCAGAUUUCAUCUAUAUAUCCCUUCUCUCUCUCCUUUAUAUAACCGACUGAAUCGUUCACCUCUUUGCAAAAUUAUACACACUUCAAUAAAGAGAUCGAUGUCGACUUUGGAAUCUCCAUUAGAGGCGUUGGCGUUUGAAUACGCUAGCUUAGGUGUUUUCGCCGUCGUCAACAACGUCUGGACAUGGAUCGCCGUCGUGACUGCCGCUGUCAGCUUCUGGAGGAUCAGAGUCACAACCAUAGGAGUCGGAGACGGCCAUGCAUGUGUCUUGAUAGAAGAAUUAACCGGUUCUAAAUCUGAAAACGAAUCCGGUCGUCUCGAACCGAAAUCAAUAACCGGUCCGGUCAAAGAAACGGUUGCACGAGUGAAGGAAACGGUUACGAAAACGGAGCCGUUAAUAUGCGAUGACGGAGUGACAAAGGGGAAGCUGACGAUGUGCUACGAGGUAGACGUUGACGUUGACGGUGGGAGGUGUGUUAACGGAGAUUUAACGGCAGUUAGCUACGGAGGAGGUUUGGGUAAUUGUGGCGGGGAUUGGUGGGAGAAAUGGGAUGGAGUGGUGAGGAUGAGAAAUGGUGAUGACAGUUGGUACCGUUACGUGGAUUUAACGGUGAUUAAUGGAAAUGUGGUAAGGUUAUGGGAUGACAACAAAACACUAGUAACGGCGGCAUGUGUCUAAAUUAGAGAAGUUUCAUAUUUCGGAAAGUUUUUAAAUCUUGAGAAGCUUUCUUGGUUUGAAGUGUUUUUUUUUUGUUGGUUGAUUAAGUUGUAAUUUGUAAAUAAUUUUCACACAAGAGACCAAGAAGGAACGCUUAAAUCAAUAUCAAUUGGUGUUGAUUCCCAGCUUUUUCUAGUCGAACUUAGGUAACACGUCCAUUGCGAUGAUGAAUUCGUGACAAGGGGUCAACUAUUUGAACACAACAAACAAGUGCGUUUUCUUGUUAAGGCCCAUCUAAAAUUGACUACACACAUUUACUUUUAGGCCCAUUUUAAACUUGACUGUAGCCUGUAGGCAUGUAUUUGUUCGUGUUACUCCCAGCCUCAAACCCGC